UCUGCCUAAGAUAAAGCAGAGGACUGCCACAUCCCAGCAAAUGAACACCAACACUAUGUCUUUUCUAGGGUCAUCGCGUGAAGUAAUUACAAUCUAAAGAACUUCAAGUUUCAAAAGUGACGUCACUUCUGCUCUCAGCCUCCAACAGUGUGGUUUGUCAGUGUGAGCGGAUGCAGACAUUUGGGAGCUGUUUGCUGGGAUUUCUAUGUGGCUGCUUUUUGACCUACCAUCUCAAUCUUUCUCGAGGUCAUAUGGAUCAGUCGCUGUGCUUUCAAGGAACGUUUUGUUUUAAUCAUCUGGACUACUAACUGGAGCCACAUGAAGAAUAAAGGAACAAAGCAGAAGUCUAAAAAAAAAGGGAGUGAAAAUGUGUUCGGCUGUGACCUAAUAGAGCAUCUCCAGAGUUCAGGACAAGAUGUUCCCCAGGUCCUGAAGAAGUGCGCAGAGUUUAUUGAGAAGUAUGGGAUUGUGGACGGGAUCUACAGACUGUCAGGGGUCACUUCAAAUAUCCAGCGUCUCAGGCAGGAAUUCUGCUCUGAGGCGUGCCCUGACCUUACAAAGGAAGUGUACCUCCAGGACAUCCACUGUGUGGGUUCCUUAUGUAAGCUGUACUUCAGGGAGCUACCCAAUCCUCUGCUGACCUACGAACUAUACAGCAAAUUCACUGAGGCUGUCUCGGUUCAUGGAGAUCAUGAGAGGCUUUUGCACAUUCAGGAGGUCAUCAAAGAACUGCCAACUCCUCAUUUCAAAACUCUGGAGUACCUGACUAAGCACCUGGCCCACCUUGCCACUUUAAGCACACAGACUAACAUGCAUACACGCAACCUGGCCUUGGUAUGGGCUCCAAAUCUGUUAAGAUCAAAGGAUAUUGAAGCGUCAUCUGGUAAUGGAGACAUGGCUUUCCAGGAGGUGCGGAAACAGCAGUCAGUGGUUGAGUUUAUUCUAAACCACACAGAGCAGAUCUUCAGCGGUGCGUCUGUGCAAGUUAAACCCAAAGAAGGACCAAGUUUGGUGUGUGGGGAGAAGUAUGCCACACUCCCAAUCAGUGGCCAGGGUGGGCCGAUGAAACUGAUGAGCCUGGAAGAAGCCCAGGCUCGCUCCUUAAGUCCCAACCAUCCUGUGCAUAAAGAACGUCAGCGAGAGAACAGCCUGCCUGAUACCAGCACUGCCACACUUUAUCACACUGUCAUAGACAUUUCAGACAACAAGAGAAAAUUUUCUGGGAAAUCAAAGAAGUGGAAGUCCAUCUUCAACCUUGGGAGGUCUGUGGAUUCAAAGGGAAAACUGAGCCGCAAUGGUAGUGUGUUCAUAAGAGCACAGGGGAUAGUAGAAAAGGCAGCUCUUCGGCCAUCCAGAAGCAUGGAAUCCUUGUGUUCCUUACCACCAGAUGAUGACAGAGCAGGAAGCAAUAGUCCAACUGGUGGACACAGCAGUAUUUUUAUUCCGGAUGUAAAAUCCAGAACUCUUGGAUCUGACUCUCUCUAUGACCUGAGCGAGCAUGACCAAACGUGGGAGUUUAAAGGGAAGAAAGCUGGUGGGGCAACAGCUGGCUGGACCUCUGGCAUAAACCAAAAGGACUUACCAGGUGCUUCAGCACCACCUCAGAAAACCCUGCCAGAGCAACUUAAGGUGUUCAAAGGCGAUGAACUCAGUGGGUACAAGCCCACUUCUCCAAAAAACAGGAGGAUGCUGUAUUCAGGUUCCUCCCAAAGUUCUUCACGGCCUUCAUUCCCAGGAAGCUUCUUCCCACUGGAGUCCUCGCCAAGGCAUCAGCGCAGAGCAGUCAAUAUAUCUGAGCCUUUUGCUGUGUCUGUUCCCUUACGUGUGUCAGCUGUUAUCAGCUCAAACAGCACACCAUGCAGAGGGCACAGCAAGGACAAAGCAGCUGCUCUGAAACCCUGCAAAGAGCCCUCGGAGCAGAUCAGGAAAAUUGGAAAGAGUAACACUUUCCCCCUACUGGAACCAAAGAAGCAGGAAGGAACAGAAAAGAAAAGCACUGAGGUGCUGACCUCCAGAGUGUCACCACAGGUUGUUUUUCCAGAUACAAAGAAAGAAGUGAUGCAAAAAACUCCGGGAGGAAGGAAAAUUUCUGAACUGGAAGCACGGUCCUGGGCACAUGCAAGACAAAGCAAAGUUACAGCGCCAUCUUCUGGGGAAGACCAGCAAAAUCAGCCCACAUAUAUCCAACCGGAUGGAGAAUCUGGAAGAGAAAUGCGGUCUCAUCUACAUCAAGAACUGAAGAUAACUGAGCCCGAAAUCAGUGUGCUACACGGGACUUUUAAACCAGUUUUUGCCUCAAUGAGCACUUGUGGGAACCUUAAGUUAACAAUGGAUGUUAAGUCAAAGAGAAGUCGCAGCUCUCCAUCGCUGUCUUUGCUGGGUAAGGAGCAGUCACCUAAUACUGCUCUGAGUGAGCGUGUAAUUGCCACCAGAUCUGACCCCAAAAAGAAACAACCCUCAGAAUCAGACCUUUUGUUAUGUCUCCACAAAAACUUUGAUGUUAUUUCUGGUGGAAACGCUCAAAACGACUGGCCUGCUGACAUGUUGAAUGACACAGAGAAGCCACUACAGCGAAAAAUGACGCCCUCAAAUAUAGAAGAACCAGUUUGCAGCAAACAGUGCCAGCUUCCUUUUAAGGAAACCAGUUUGGAUCAUAUUAUAAAUCCUUUAAUAAUAGAGGAUGUUCCACAGGUCACCAGUUUCUCAAGUUCAAACAAUGUAGGCAUCAAAUCACAGAAACCUGAAAUUCCUCAAGAGGAUGACAAAAUCUCACAUGAUGGAGCAAAGAUGGAUGCCAGACAGAGGCCCUCAGUGUGUUUAGAGCAGAAACGCAACACCCUGGAGCUCUCAGUCCUUGAUGAUGAAGAGGUCUAUGGGGGAAACGCAGAAGAACUGGACUUGGUUGAGCCCUGGGAGGAUCUUAGCUUAACCAAGCAGUGGGUUACCAGUCCUCUGCAUUCACCUGAUGUGGAAGAAUUAUUUAAUCAGCUGUCACCCUUUAGUUCAAACGGAGAAUCUCUGAGCUCAGAGGUUGGAAAGCUUUCAUUCCCUUCAGCUGACAGUACCAAACAAUCCCUCAUGAAGAGCACUGAACUAUUCUCAGGAAACUUUCCUCAGAGUGUCAACAGUAACCCAGAAACAAAGUGGGGAUAUAUGCCGACCAAACCUACACGACUGAGUUUGAACAACAGCUCAACACAAUCUCAAACGGCAAAGUGCAGCACAACAAAACAGAAGAAUACAGUGUCAUCUCAGAGAUUUUACAGACAGAUGUCUUAUGAAGCUGCUGGGUCAGAGAAAAGAGAGAAUUAUUCAUCCAAGCACAGGCCCUAUUCUCUUAACUUAGACCUGGGGCAUCGAUGCAUAAGAGAUAUUUCUAAUCAGCAAAAUUGUAACUCAUUAGAAUUUAUCUCCCCUCACAGAGGAUCAUUAGCCUCAUCUGGAACUGUAGACAAAGGGCACUCUGAGUUGGAUCUCUUCCUGAAUGAUCGGCAGGCUCCUCUUCGCCGAAACUCUGCCCCAGUCAGCGUGUCAUCAGUGCGGACGGCCUUCAUGAUAAAAACAUGCCAAGCCAAAGCUGUGCCGGUCAUCCCUCCAAAGGUGCAGUACAGUCAGAUACCUCAAUCCAAACAGGAGAAUGAUUUUAAGGUGGUGAAGGAAGAAAAGGAAUGUCCUAAAAUGAGUGUGGACCCAAGCAAUGCUGCCCCUCCUUCCACAAUGUCAGAUCCAAAGGAGGAGCUAGAAAAUAAAGAGCCUGGUCUCAAAUACCAGAAACAUGCAAAUGUUGAGAAAUCAUCUGAAUCUGGGAAGACCACAUCCACUCCAGAACUUCCUGUCAUAACCAGGAGACACAUUCCCAAUUUGGAAGUGUUUGUAGAUUGUCCCAGACCCAACAGAGGGAACUUGUUGCAAAGACCAUCCUUUAGAAACAGGCAGAGACCCCAGAGCCUUAUCCUGCUCAGCCCACCUUUCCCCAUAAUGGACUAUCCACCUUCAGGGGACGAUGGAAAGUUCCUUUCAUCCAUCAAGAGCCUAAAUGACACAUCAGCAGUGAAUGUCUUUUCUAAAGAGAUAGCAGAGAAUUUUAGGACGCCUGAGGGGAUCGCUCUUCAGAACAAAAUGACUAUUCCAAAAAGUGGACAGAGACUGGAAACAUCAACCAGCUGCUUCUACCAGCCUCAGAGGAGGUCGAUGAUUUUUGACAGCAGGAGCCACAGACAGAUUGAGUGACUGCAAGAGCACUCAGUGUCUGUGAGCGUACGUUGUUAACAGAACACAUGAGGAAUCUGAAGGGUAGAUAUAGAUGUUGAUUUAGUUUCCGGUGAUUAAAUAAUUUCUUGAGUGAUUAUUAAGCAUUAUUUCUAAUAAAAUAAUUAAAAACCAGGAAGAAGGAGCCAAGAUGUAUAUAAGACUGAGAUCUGGGGAAGCGACUAAGGAUUUUUUUUUUCUUCAAUUAUUAAUUUUUUUACUGUUUUUCCUUGAUUUUCUGUUGAUUUAUUUGCUUUCAAUCGAAUAUUCAUUAAAUUAUCUCCAGAUAAUCCCCCAUGGCAAGUUACAGUAAAUCUGAGAUGUGCAAAAUUUACCCCAUCACAUAUAUCUGUGGUAUAGUCACAGUGGAUCAUGAUGUUAGAUAUGAGCUUUUUAGUCAAAUUUGAUUACUUACCAAUUAGGAAUAAGAAAGCAUUUACAAUAUAAGAAUCAGGUUUUCACCUUGGCAACAGUUGAUUGACAGAAAUCUUAAAGCAAAUCUUAAAGAAAAUUAUGGACUAAAGAUAGUGCAAAUAUAAACUGUAGGUCCUUUCUUCUCCCUCUCUGUCCCCAUAUCCUAAUCAAAACCUUUAUCAUGUUGUCCACUGCGUAGUUCAUUGUACCUAAAAAUGUUGAAUCCAGAAAAAUCAGUUCCCUGUUAUUUGUUAAAGCCGAUGAAAUAAUUUUUUUUCACCAGAAACUACCUGCCUCUCAUCUGGAAUUUGAACAAAUUUCUGCUUAGGCCCAGCAAAGACUUCAUAACAAUAUUUUCCUGUCUUAUAUAAAUGUGUUUGCUGUCACUUCUACAAGAAUCAGAAGUUAUCUUAAACAAAGAAGCCCAUCCUGUGUCGGUCAGUGAUGUGGCAGCUUGAGAUUAUGGCCUUUUCAGAUAUUUGGUCCUCCAUAACUAUGAAUGGAGAGAUGUAAAGUGAAAAAUCUGAACCAAAAUGCUGAUGUUAGAACAGUUUAAUAGUUUAACAGCCUUAAAAUUGAGUUUAUUUAUUCCUGUAAUGAUUUACAUAUAUUAUGUUUAUUUGAUGUCUUAUAUUGGUUUGUAGAGGCUGGCUCUGUGGUAAGGUGAUGCCAAUGUGAUUUUCCUUAAAUAAUAUUAAAAUGAAAAUUCCUAUUUUAAAUUAAAAUAUAUCAGCUUAAUUAAGCUUAUUUACCCAGAGAAGGGCUUUAAUUCCAACAUAUCUUGAUUUUCUGUAAUUAUUGUGCAUUUUGUGGCAGUUUUUUUUAAGUGGCUUUUCAUUUACAUAAGAUAAAAAAUGGCAUUUGAUGAUUUAAUAUUAUCAAAAGUGAAACUGGAGCUGCUUAUCAGACAGUAAACUGGAGUUUGACUUUGUGCAUGCUGACUGUAUUCAUUGUGUUUACACCUUGAUGGUGCUUGAAAGUCAAAGUCAGAUUAUGCCAUGUCCAAUUUUCUUCUCUCUUUAUCUUAUCCCCUAUUUGUAUGCUACUAUUGGGAGGGGACCUAUAAACGCAACAGUUUGAAUGUUACAGUGUAUUUAAGACACCUUGGACAUGAUUGAUGUGACAGUGGUUUUAUACUGACGUUUAGAUGUUCUGGAUGAAUGAGUAAAAAGUCGGAUGGAAAAUGUUGCGUUUUUUUUUUUUUUUUUGUAACUUCUGUAUACUUGUUGAUUCUGAAAAUGAUUUAACUGAAUGUUACUGAGUGUAUUCAUAGGAAAAUUUUCUGAAUUAAGAAUAUUGAGAUCACAGUUUUGCCUUAAUUGUCAGAUGGUGGCGUCUGAAAUAAUGUACAUAAGAUGCUUGAUCAGUUUUGCUACAAGUUAUGAGAAUAAUAAAAAAAAUCUGAAAUAUCAUUUAACUCAAUAGAUGUGCUGAGUUGUAACUUAUUAUAACAUCCAACUCAGGAAGAGUUUUGUUUGGCAUUGGCAUUUGACAAACCCAUUACUUAAGGUUUGUGUCCACCUUGUGUGUGUCCACCUUGAUGGUAUACACACACUUGUCAUAACUGAUAGUAAUCCAUAAGACAAUGGACACAAAUUCCAUGGUAACAUUUGGCUUGCUCGGAUUUCUCUGACCUGUUUUAUCACUUCAGAAAGAUUGCACAAUACCUAGCAGAACUCUGGCUGGACUUUUCAUGGUAAAAUUGGUAGGUUCAAUCAAAUUUGCUGUCCUGCUGAGAUGAAUUUGACUUUUCAACAAAGUUAGCAUAUCUCUAACAGAUCAUCAGAUGACUUUCAGCUGCUUUGUUUGGUAAUUAGGUCAGAUCUUUGGGAGAGUUAUUCCCAAAGUAUCAAAUUAGCCAGACCCAGUUUUAACUGCAGCGAAUGGUUUAUGGUUUAUUGUAGAAUUAAUAUGUCUUCUGCUGUGUGCAAUCUAGAAGUUCCACUGGUGGUUAAAAAAACCUGGAGCAGGAUGGUAACACAACCAUACUUUAGAGUUACUGAAAUUUAUUUAAUUUUAUCCGUCAAGGCAUUUUGUCUGGUAUGUCUUGAUUGUGAACGAAUACCUUUUUAAUUAUUUUAGUUCAUGGCAAUGUAAAACUCACAUGCUUGACAGUAAUAUGAGUGUUGUAGUUCCAUGGAUUUUUUACCAGAUUGUGUAAGCCAGUUUCUCCUCAGGUAAUGGUGACUCCUAAACACUUGUACUGGUCUAAAAGUUUUUAAGCUGAUGACUUGGUAUUUAGUAUUUUUUUUAAAUGACUUCAAGAAACAAUCCUGAUUUAGU